AUGGGCCAAUUCACCCUCUUCUCAAAAAACAAGGACAAGAAGAACGAGAAAGCCAGUCCUCCUCGAAACUCCUCCGCUUCGUCUCCAUUACCGACACCCUCCAGAUCUCCGACUAAGUCACCUCCUUUGAAGUCCUUCAAGUCGCCCACCAAACCUCCCAAACCCACCAAAUCCUCCAAACCAUCCCUCUUCUCUUCCCACAGUCGGUCUUCCUCAACCUCCGGACCGACCUUCAAUUCGAAAUUCUCCCGGUCUUCGCGUGACCAGGACGUACACCCGCUUAAUCUUCCGCCCGACGAGCUACAUCGUCGUUUGUCGGCCAUGGCUGCGUCUAAGGAUGAGCAGCGCAGCUCGAUGGAUAUCGACCCCCAAGAACCCCAGAAGAAUGGCGUGAACGGCACUGAGGAGCGCAGUCCGACCCCGCCACCGCACCACCCGAACUCAGCAUCUGCCGAUGAGGCUGAUUCCUUCAAGUUGGCCGGAAACAAGUUCUUCAAGGAUGGCAAUUACUACCGAGCAAUCCAGGAAUAUAACAAGGCUAUCGAGAUCAACCCCAACUCGUCCGCCUAUCUCUCUAACCGAGCGGCGGCUUACAUGUCCGCCAAACAAUACGUGAAUGCGCUCGACGAUGUUCAACGCGCGAGCGAGUUAGAUCCUAACAACCCAAAGAUCUUGCACCGAUGGGCCAAGAUUCUGACGAGUCUGGGCCGACCCGCAGAGGCUCUGGACGUAUUGUCACGCAUCCAACCACCCGCCACCGCCACCGAUCGGGCAGCCGCAGAGAAGAUGCUGCGCUUCGUUACACAAGCCGAGGAGACUUUGGCCGAAGACCGUGGAGUGUCGAUGGUGAUCUUCUGUCUUGACCAGGCGCGGCAAGGGCUUGGACAGGGCGUCAAGGAGCCCCGCAAGUGGUCACUUUUGGCGGCUGAGGCCCAGCUGAAGCUGAACAACAACAACUCGCUGGGUAAGGCGCAGGACAUCGCUAUCAACCUGCUGCGUGAAAACAGCCAGGACCCGGAUGCGAUGAUGAUCCGUGCUCGCGCCUUCUAUGCGCUUGGUGAUUCCGAUCAGGCAUUGAAACUCUUGAAGAUGUGCAUCGGGCUGGACCCGGAUAUGAAGCCAGCGAUCAAGCUGCUGCGCAUUGUGCAAAAAUUGGCCCGCACCAAGGAGGAAGGAAACAAUGCCUUCAAGGCGAAGGAUUACCACAAGGCUAUCGAACUCUGGGCCCAGGCUCUGGAGGUUGACCCCACCAACAAGGAUAUGAAUGCCAAGAUUCUGGGUAACCGUGCCCAGGCUUAUAUCAACCUGAAGGAGUAUGACUCUGCUGUGCAGGACUGCACUGAGGCCCUUCGCCUCGAUCCCUCAUACGUCAAGGCUAUGAAGCUCCGUGCCAAGGCCCACGGGGGUGCCGAGAACUGGGAGGAGGCUGUCCGUGAUUAUAAGAGCGUUGCCGAGAACAACCCCGGCGAGAAGGGCAUUGCGGAGGAGAUUCGCCGUGCCGAGUUCGAGCUGAAGAAGUCCCAGCGCAAGGACUACUACAAGAUUCUUGGAGUCGGCAAGGAUGCCACUGAUACAGAAAUCAAGAAGGCCUACCGCAAGCUGGCUAUUCAAUACCACCCCGAUAAGAACCGUGACGGUGAAGCGGGCGAUGAGAAGUUCAAGGAAAUUGGUGAAGCCUAUGAGACUUUGAUCGAUUCUCAAAAACGUGCUGCAUAUGAUAACGGAGACGACUUGAUGGAUCCAUCUGACAUGUUCGGCGGUGGUGGUUUCGGCGGCGGCGGUUUCGGUGGUUUCGGUGGCAUGGGUGGUAUGGGUGGUAUGGGCGGCGCAAGCCACGUCAACAUUGACCCCAACAUUCUCUUCAAUAUGAUGAACGGCGGCGGUGGUGGAGGCUUCUCUUCCGCUGGCGGCAAUCCCUUCGGUGGUCACUCCCACGGCGGCGGCUUCCCAUUCUAG